UCGCCAUGUUUACCCACGUUCGACAAAUUUGUGUUAUCUCGGCUCUAUUCUCCUUUAUCCCGUCGGCGUUAGGUCUCAAGUGCUAUAAAUGUGAGAGCUGGAGUUCUUGGAAAGACUGCGAGAAAAAACGCACAGAAUACACUUGUCCCGAUGAACACAACGAGAGGUGCCACAAAGCCAUCUAUCAUCACGAGCUGCACAUGAGGAAAACGUUCACAAAAUUCUGCGCAAAAGAAGAUGAGUGCAUCAAGGGAGAGCACCCAAUAUGCCUUGCGGCCACGACACAGAAUGCCACAUGCGAAAGUUACUGUUGUGAACAUGAUCUGUGCAAUAUGGGAUCAUAUGCCAUAACCAGCGGGAUGCUGCUGGCCGCAUGCGCUCUGGUGUCAGUGGCUGUUCUGGUGUCGGAAAAUAACUUCAGUGUAUUCUUUCGAGCUGAGUAAACUCACCUUUGUGAACGGUUACUUUCAGUGAAGUAUUCUAACUUAAAAAUUACGAAAGUAACGUAUAGUGAACACGAAAUAGAUACGAACCUCUGAAUGCUUUCAUGUUUUAAACAUCAUUUUUAUGCAUCAUUAUCAGAAUGUCGCACAAACGAGAGUUCCGUGAAUGAAGA